AUGUCAUCGAAUGAAAAGUAUGAGAGGCCUCCACAACCGCCUCCAUCAUACGACCCCAACCGCAGACCGCCCAGCUCGUCCGAGAACUCAGCCGUGCCCAAUGCGGCCAACGAGGGGCAGACGCCGUACCACUUCAGGCAGGAUCAGUACUACAAUCUGAACUCCAAGACGAGUGGGGCUCCCAUUGGAAGCUUUGACGAGGCUUUCCCCACCGAAAACGACAACAAACCGAAAUGGAACGACUGGCCCUUCACCAUACUUUUCCUGUGCACUGUGGGCGGGUUUAUCGCCAUUGCCGCCAUCACCUUAAGAGCAUGGUCCCAGACCUACAGCAGCACGGGUUCUGGGAUAUACGAUGGCGUGAAUACUGGUACGUUGAACACAAAUGCUGCGAUCUUGCUGGUUUUCGUGUGUAUUAUUGCGCUAGUCUUCUCUGUCUUGGGACUCACGCUUUGUCGGAUUUUCCCGAAGCAAUUCAUAUACUGCGGUAUGAUCAUCAACCUGGUGGCUGCUCUAGGUACCGCCAUCAUGUAUAUGUCCUUGAAGUACUGGUCCGCGGGAAUUGUGUUUCUAAUUUUCACGUUUAUGACCGCCUGGUGCUAUUGGUGCAUGAGGUCUAGGAUUCCCCUGUCCGUGGUGGUGCUCAAGGUUGUCGUCGAUGCCAUGAAAAAAUGCCCACAGAUCCUUUUUGUUUCCUUCGUUGGGGCCAUUGUUGCCAGUGCGUUUGGGUUUCUCUUCUCCGCGGUGAUCGUGGCCACUUACGUAAAAUACGACCCCAGCAGCUCAAAUAGCGGUUGCGACGUUUCCGGUGGCGGUUGUUCUCACUCCAAAUUAAUAGGUGUCUUGGUCGUGGUGUUUUUCUGUGGCUACUAUAUCUCCGAAGUGAUAAGAAAUGUCAUUCAUUGUGUUAUUUCCGGUGUCUUCGGUAGCUGGUACUACAUGUCAAAAUCUGAUCAAGGAAUGCCAAGAUGGCCCGCAUUCGGAGCACUGAAAAGAGCCAUGACUUACUCGUUUGGCUCCAUUUGUUUUGGGUCCUUGCUGGUUGCUUUAAUCGAGCUCUUCCAACAGGUGCUACGACUUAUCAGACAAGAUGUUACCUCCAACGGUGGUGGCAAAAUUGCCGUCCAAAUUUUGUUUAUGGUCUUUGACUGGAUCAUCGGGUUUCUCAGAUGGCUCGCUGAAUACUUCAAUCAUUACGCCUACUCGUUUAUUGCUCUUUAUGGUAAACCUUACUUAAGAGCAGCCAAGGAAACUUGGCACAUGUUGAGAGAAAAGGGCAUGGACGCUUUAAUCAACGAUAAUCUAAUCAAUAUUGCACUGGGCCUGUUUGCAAUGUUUGCCAGCUAUAUGACAGCUUUGUUCACAUUUUUGUAUCUAAGGUUCACUUCACCUCAGUAUAACUCAAAUGGUGCUUAUAAUGGUGCUUUAAUGGCUUUCUCAUUUGUUAUUGCCCUACAGAUUUGUAACAUCGCGACAGAAGCAAUAAGAUCUGGCACAGCAACCUUCUUUGUCGCCCUCGGUAACGACCCAGAAGUCUUUCAUCAUUCCUAUCCUCACAGAUUUGAUGAGAUAUUCAGAGCUUAUCCGGAUGUGCUAAGGAAAUUGAGUCAUCAAAAUGUGUAA